AUGACGAAGGGUGUCAAAAUUAAUAGUAAGAUUGGUAACGAUACUUCAAUCGAACAUGCAUUGGAAUCGAGGCUUAUCGGUUCUAACGUAUUUCAAUCGUCAGAUCCUUUACUCGAUCAAUUGCUUUCUAUUCACCACAGAGCACACUAUCAUGUCCAUGUAUCAGAGAAAACGAAAAAUAGUGCGUUGAAAAGUUUAUUGGUGGAGUUGAGUAAGGUUGAGGCUAUCCCAAAAGGCUUGCAUAUGGAUAUCGCCGAUAACAUUCAGGGUGUCAUCUAUUCAGAAAUUGGUGAUAAGAAAACCGCAUCGUCGUAUGUCUCCAAAGAGCUUGUGGGAACGGAAUCUCAAUAUAAGAGAUUCUACAAAAUGUUGGAGCUAGAAAGAAUGUUUUAUAACGGCAACAUCCACGUAGACAAAUUUAGCCCCAAAGAUAUGAGUAUCCCACAUCUAACUGACGGAUUAACAUGGUAUUAUUUGUUAGCCAUAGUUAAAGAGCUGGAUCUCUCUCAUCUCAAGGCAACUUCUCCAUUCCAUUGGCUCCUUCUUACUGUGAGUGGUCACGCAUCAGAUACCGACUUGUUCUCAUAUGGACAAUCUUUAUUGAAAUCUUGUGAUUUCCCCAGUGCCGAUAAGUCUAACAACCCAGAAUUAGAACAGUUCCACAUAGUAUUGCAGCAGUACUUUUUACAAAAUUCAUCUAAUGCGAAGAAUGAAUGGGAACAGUUCAUCAUUGACAGCAUAGAGAAAACUUUCCAAAGUACCGCUGUAGCUAAAACAGCAAUGUUGUUUUAUCAGAAAAGGGACUUGAAAAGAAGUGUACUAAACUUCACAAAUCUUGUAAACUAUUCUAACAAGCACUACGAACUCAAUAAGAAAUAUCCGGACUUAAUAGACUUAGUAUCUUCGUACCAGGUAAUCUUAUCAACUUGCAAAAAGGAUUAUGAACCAUUUUACAUACACUCCACUGUGGCUUCUGACUUCUUACACCUAUUACAACGUCUACAUGAGAAGUACAAAAUCCCGAUAGUCGAGAAGGAAAAAGUUAUCGAAGGGGCCUCCGAAACGCUAAAACUUUGCCUUGCGAUUCCCAUUGCAAAUGUAAUUUCUUAUUCAUGGGAGACCCUCUACGAAACCAACAAAAACAACCUUUCUACAUUAUUGAACAAUGAUCAACUCUAUUUCCUAACAAAUGCUCUUCAGACUUCCUUUAAUACCAGUGUGUCUCUAAAAUUCAAGUUCGCAUAUCAUCUUGCUAUGUUAAGACAAGUUGACCAAUGUAUUACCUACUUGAAGAAAAAUAUCCUUCCUUAUUACCCAGAGCAUUUUGCUAGUUGGCACCUUCUUGCAUUAUGCGAAUCUUGUAUCAACGAAGAUUUGCAAGUAAGUUUUAAAAUUAUUAAUUCAGUCAUCCAAUCUAUGUGCGAUUUAUACGAUGAAGGCAGGGAAUUUACUGUAGGAGAAAAAUGGCAGUUUAUUAAUAUCAAAAUAACUCAGAUACAACUUGUAAGGGAUAUGUUCGCUCUUCAAGAUGCAUUAGAAAUCCUUCCUGAAGUUUUUGAACUAUAUAAUCAGCUAUUCAGUGAUGAAAAGAGGUCACUAGGAGUGGAAUAUAAUCAGAGCAAUGAAUAUCUUCUACAGAUGAUCUGGCUAUUUGCUUUAGAGCUUUACCUUGAGAAUAACGAUACUGAAAACGUCAAUGCUGCCUUGAAAGAGUUUAAGAAUGUUACUACAAAAUUUGUAAAUUUGAAUCAAAAUAUUGCCCAUGGUUAUGUGUUGAUAACUAAUGGACAAUCAGAUAAAGCGUUACACGAGUUUGAAAAGGUUCUUCAUUUCGAUUCUACUUCUAUAGAAGCUCUUUUAGGACUUGCAAAAGUAGUGUUCCCUGAGGAAAACCUUGGCGUUGAUAUGGAACUGAAGCAAAACCCUGCUCUUUUGGAGAACCAAGGCCUAGAUAGUCCUUCAUCAACGUCGUUACAAACUUCAUCCGCAGUAGCAAGGUUAAAGUUCUUAUUUGAACAAUUAGUAGACAGAUCUAUCGAAGGAUAUCAAACUCCCGCUGUGUGGUGGUAUCUUUCUAAAGUUUAUGAAGUUUAUAACGACUCAGCUAGACAGCAAGAUGCGUUAUGGCAGUGUAUCAAGUUUGAAGAACUUUUACCAGUUAGGGACUUCAAAUAUUGCAACUUUUAG